CCACCUGGUCCACCAGGAGCAGUUGGUGAAAAUGGUCCACCAGGACCCCCUGGAUUCAAAGGCGAUCCCGGAUUUGACGGACCACCCGGUAAUCCCGGACAACCAGGAGAAACAGGUGCGGUUGGCAAAAAUGGCGAGAAAGGACCAGCGGGACGAGAUGGAAUAAAAGGUACCAAAGGAGAACAGGGCCCACCGGGACCCAAAGGACCACUUGGACCUCAAGGAUUUCCAGGACCAGAUGGAUCGGACGGGAACCAAGGUUUCACUGGUCCCCAGGGACCAAUGGGUCCUCCGGGUGAACCGGGACCGGAUGGUCCACCUGGUUUCGCUGGUCUAACGGGUCCGGUGGGAAAACCUGGCGAGGAUGCUUCCUAUUGCUCAUGCCCACCGAGGCGUACGAAAACUACCGUGUGA